GCCGCUGCUGCCGUGCGGUUAUUUGAGGAAGCGGCUGCGGUAGUGUUUUCCUUUUCUUUCUUUCUUUGUUUCUUUUUUCUUCUUUUUUUUUUUUGCUCUUUAACAUUUGAAAGUGGUAUGAUAGUUUCGAGCUUUUUUAUGGCGAAUGGCACAAACAGAGGACUUUGUUUUCCCAAGACAAACUUCUCAUUACCCGAAACUUGAGUUUGGUUGCAGCAGCCUGCCUAUCUGCUUCUGAUCUCAGGCUUGAAGUCAUGACAGGACAUAUGAAUCGGUUAUGCGGAUAUUUGCGUUGAAGGACCUAAAGCUUUACUGUGCACACGGGCUCGCUCGGUGUUUUUCUUGUGGAUAAGAUUUUGUUGAUCCUUUGGGCUCAGUCAUUGAUCAUGGUUGUUGUCGGAGGGACUGCUGAUCUGGCCCCUACAACCGCUGUCAAGUUUUUUGCAGCUGGAACAGCUGGCUGUGUGGCCGACCUGGUCACUUUCCCGCUGGACACAGCCAAAGUCAGACUGCAGAUUCAAGGUGAAUCCAGGCCCACGCUGGAAGGCAAGGCGAUAUACAGAGGUGUGUUCGGCACCAUCUUCACCAUGGUGAAAACUGAGGGCCCUCGGAGUCUGUACAGUGGACUGGUGGCAGGGCUGCACAGACAGAUGAGCUUCUCCUCAGUCCGCAUCGGCCUUUACGACAACAUAAAGCAGGUCUACAGCAGGGGAUCAGAACACGCAGGAAUCGGGACCCGGCUGCUGGCAGGCUGCACCACAGGGGCGAUGGCCGUGGCCUUCGCACAGCCCACUGAUGUGGUUAAAGUCAGGUUCCAGGCUCAGGUCCGCCGGCCUGAGAGCGGCUCUGUGAGGAGAUACAACGGCACCUUUGAUGCCUACAAGACCAUUGCCAGGGACGAGGGUGUUAAAGGGCUGUGGAAAGGUUGUCUGCCAAAUAUAGCUCGUAAUGCCAUCGUAAACUGCUCCGAGCUGGUGACCUACGACAUCAUCAAAGAGCUCAUCCUGAAAUACAACCUGAUGACAGACAAUAUGCCGUGUCACUUCACAGCAGCCUUCGCAGCAGGUUUCUGCACCACCAUCGUAGCAUCUCCAGUGGAUGUGAUAAAAACGCGCUUCAUGAACUCGGUGCCCGGACAGUACAGCGGUGCUCUUAACUGUGCCUUAACCAUGCUGAUUAAAGAGGGGCCCACAGCUUUCUAUAAGGGAUUCAUGCCCUCGUUUCUUCGUCUGGGUUCCUGGAACAUUGUGAUGUUUGUGAGCUACGAGCAGAUUAAGAGAGCUGUGAUAAGAUAUCAGCGGUCCUGGGAGUCUCCUCUCUGAACCUCUCUGACUGCUGGUUUGGCACUGGAGUGGUGCAACUGUUGUGGCAAAUCCAGGACUGCCAGCAUUAAAGCUAACGGUUUGGUUGUGACUGCUGCUGGUCUGGGCCUGUUCGCCCUCAGGGAUAAAUCUACAUCUUAUUAAAGAGGCCAGACUCCAAAGAGAAACUGCAGGGACGAUGAAUGUCGACGUCUUGCUAACUUGCACACGAUAUUAUAGAUGUUCUUAAUAGUAAUAGUAAUAAUCUUUUAAGCCCUGAAUCAUUCGCCCUAGACUAAUUUUAGAAUUGGGCCGAACUCACUGGUGAACAGACAGACAACACUGUCUGUAUCUUCCAGAAUCUGCAGCUCUGUAUUUUUCUUCUUGUGCUCAGUGUACAGUGUACAAUGUGAGCAGAAAAGUCGCAGGAAGGCUGAUUAAAACGUGUAGUGUGAGUUAACACAUCUUACAUGAUUAAAGUGUCUGCUCAGCUUUACUGGAGCAUUUGAAUAGAAACAGAGCCAUUGCUAAUGUUACUAGUGACACCUAUGCAUAUUUGUACUGUGAAAUCUGUGUGGCUGGCGAUGCUUUCUUUAAGCACAGUAAAUUACUGGUUUUUUCUAGCUUGUCUUGGUUGGGUUUUUGUAUCUUCUAAUGUGUGCCUUCAGCUGUUUUUAUGAUAGUGUGAAAAAAAAUGAAGUCAUUCAUAGGCAUAUUUAAGAAUGAGGAUGGCAGCAAACGGUUAUUUUCAUUAUGGAUUAACCUGCUGAUUAUUUUUUUUUUUACAAUUAAUGACAUAGUCUUAUAGUCUAUAAAAUGUCAGAAAAUAGUGAAUAAUGUUUAUCACAAUUUCAUCAAAUCACUUGUUUUGUCUGGCUAGCACAUCAAACACCCAAGAAAAUAUUCAGUUACUGUCACAUAAGACAAAGAAAAAGCAGCAAAUCCUCACAACUGAGAAUCUGGAACUUGGGAAUAUGUGUGAUUUUUUUUUUUAGAUGAAAAAGUUCUUUAACAAUCACUUAUCAAAAUAGUUGAUGAUUAUUUUUACUUUGUCAAGUGACUAAUUAACUAAUUGUUUCAGAUCUAUUACAAAUGAACCAAAGCUAUCCAGUCUAUACUGCCAAAGUAAAUUUUAGGUUUUGUGAUGAAGAUAAUUUUAAUA